AUGGCAUCUUGCCUGCAGCGACCUCGGCAUGCCCAGGUUGGCAUCAAGGCAGCGGUGGUCUGUUUGAUCGUUUGCUGGCUGCUGCCACCAAGGAGCCGCGGGUGGGUGGUGCCGAGCCGAGGAGGUGCGUUGGGGCGGCCGCUGGCCCGACGUGCUGCACCGAAGGAGGCUGGGGACGACCUGGACAUCGAUGGCGAGCUGGAAGAUGACUGGGGUGUGGUGGAUGAUGAGGAGGAGGCUGCUGACGACCCACUGCUAGAGGAGUACAUGCAAAAGAUGGGCUAUUCCCCCUUAGACGAGGACGAGCAGGAGGAGGAAGAAGACGAGAUACCUGACAUGCCGCUGCCCCCGAAGAUCCAAGAGCGCGUGGACAAGGCCAAAGCGCGCCUUGAGCAGUUCGCCGACCCGGAGUCACUGAAAGCCUUCGACGGCGUGGGCGGUGGUGGUGGCGAGGCAAUCGGAUGGCUCGAGGUGCCUUUGAAUGACACCUUCAGCGUCUUCGUGUCCCAGGUCCCCGGUGCUGCGAACCGCUUCCAGGAGAUGUUGCGCGGCUCCCCUGAAGUGACGAACAUCACCACUGAUAUCCUUCAAGGUGGCGACACUGUCUGGCCGGCAUCGAUCAUCUUGGCACGAUGGCUGGCAAUCCAGCCGCCGGUGGUGUCGAUGGAAGGCCUCAGCGUCCUUGAGUUUGGCUCGGGCCUUGGACUUGGCGGCGUGGCCUGCGCUGGCUUCGGUGCCCGCGCAGUGCUGCUCCAAGACAGAGACCCCGAGUGCCUUAGACAAGCUGUCGAGACGGCAGUGCGCAGUGGUGUGGCGCAGUGGAUCACCACACUUAGAUGCGACUACAACGAGCUGCCGGCCAAGCUGGCAAGUGGCAAGGAAGCACUUCGGGAGUUCGCGCCGCCCGAUGUCUUCGUGGGCUGCGAUGUGCUUCUCAACCAGGCGAGCGUCGAAGAGAUCGUCUCGGUACUGAAUCUCUUUCUGCGCUCCCCCUCCCAGGUGGCCUACUUCAUGGACCCCUACACGCGCCCUCACCGAAAGCUGUUCAUGCAGUACUGCGACAGCAUGGGCUUGGUGGCCAAGGAGGACGAGAUCGUGACCUGGGAACCGGAUUGGGACAACUUCCUGGAAUACGACAGGGAAUGGGUGAUGCGGCUCGUCACGGUGUCCAUCGGUGAUGGUGAAGUAGCCGUGGAGGUCAAAGAAACGCCACGCGUGGAAAAGCUUCGUUCAACGGCUGCAUGUCAUUUGAGCCUCGCAGACCAGCACAACAGCUUGCGGGCCGUUGAAGGCGACCUCCGCUUAGAGGAGUUGGAGCUGCUAGGAGCACGGCUACCGAAGCUGGAGGCCGAUGUGGAGCGCCGGCGCUCUACCCGCGAACAGCUUGCGCAUCAGUCCUCGCAGGUCCGUGCUGCGCAAGAGAAGGAGGUCCGAAUCAUCCGCGAGGAGCUGAGGGCAGCACAGGUGGCUCGGGCCGAGGAACUUCUCUCAGCCGCCGGCACGGCCCUGGGUAAAGCCGCCGGAGCCCAAGAGGAUGGUGCAAGCAGCGAGUAG